GUGACGUCACGGCCGAGAGAGAAGGAAGGUGAUCAAAAGUCCAUUGUAAUCUUCAGGGAAUCCCCCAAAAUAUCUGCCAGAGGCUUAUUCCCCUCCCCCAGUUGUCAUGGGAGGGUGUAUAGGGGCAAACCGAGACAAUGGCCCACCUUCUAGGGAGUCAUCGGAUGUGACAGGUAUGGUACAACAUGUCUCAAUAGGAAGGAACCAACCUCUGAAGGCAGAGAAGCCCAAAUGGAAGAGUGACGUGCAACUGACCGAGGGCCAGCUCCGCAGCAAACGAGAUGAAUUCUGGGACACGGCCCCCGCGUUCGAGGGCAGGAAGGAGAUCUGGGACGCCCUGAAGGCAGCUGCCUACGCCCUGGAGACGGGAGAUCACGCCCUGGCUCAAGCCAUUGUUGAUGGGGCCAAUAUUUCACUACCACAUGGAACACUGAUGGACUGCUACGACGAACUGGGUAACCGUUACCAACUUCCUGUGUAUGUUUUGAGUGCACCGACCAAUUUGAUUGAGGAACUCAGUGAGAGUGACAAUGGGCAAGACACAGACAAUUCCUCACCUGGGAUUGAAAUUCCAAUCAAAUUCCGCCUUUCUCACACAAACAAGGACAUCAAAAUGCCUGUUCGUACAACAGACUCUGUCUAUAAAAUCAAGAAGCGAAUCUGUGAAGAUGAAGGGAUUGAGGUGGUAAGACAGCGAUUCUUCUACUCUGGGCGAUUGCUCAAUGAUAAACUACGAAUCGAGGACGCAAAAGUUCCAAAAGGACAUGUGAUUCAAGUUAUAGUGACCAAGAAGGAAGAAGACCUUUAAGGCAUGACAUGAGUUAUCUCCCCUUAAUUGACUUGCGUUGAAGUGGAGCAGUAAUUUGAGUGUAUUCAAGGUAACUUCCAAGAUGCAAAAUGAUACAUAUAUAUGUCUUGGUAGAGGAAUGAGGGUAUGAACUCCCCUUUAUCAACAUGGAUGUACAUUAGGUAGGGGGUCCACUUGAAAACCCAUGGUUAUAAUUCCAUGUGACUCUGCACAUCAUGAAUAAGAUGUUUUGGUGUCCUCCAAUGUCACUGUGUCAUCUUGGAUUGGGUGAUGUUACAAAGUAAAUUGUGUUUUUUGUAAAAUAAUAAUUCCUAUGGAAUGUAUCCCAGGGAGUUGAGAUUGCUUUAUUCUCAUUGGUCCUUUGAUAAUAAUGUCCUCACUUUGAGUAUGUCCCUCCAUGGUCUUGUGCUGAGUAAGAGGCCAGUUAUUAGUAGUGAACUUUAGGCAGACCGAGAAACCACUUGAUCUUGUUGCAAUAUCUAGGGGAAUUAUUGGGUGGGAUUCAUUUUGUUUGGGGAGUGAUAACAUGCCUUCCUGUUGAUACAUGUCAAGAUACUUGGGUCAUGAUACGAUGUGCAUCAUAACACUGUUUUUAUCUGAAAUUCUCUACUUUCCUUGUGGCCUGGCUCUCAAGCCAAGUUGUGUUCAACUCAGAUGACCUGUUAAUAGGGGCUUCUUCAUGCACUCACGUAGUAUCAUGUAAACAGAUUUAACAUUUCAUAGCUUGUUAGACCAGUAGUUAUCGUGGAAGGUAAUUGCAACACUUUUGCUACCCUUUCAAAAAUUCAGUUUUGAAAUAAGACAUGAAUCAGUACGUGAGUAGGCGUAAUGGUUACAUCCACCAAGUAUUGUUAGACUUUCGUGUUAUAUUUAGGUUAAGGGAAUCCAAAUUUUCUUGUAUAUUUCCUCACAAUCUCAUUAAAAUCAGAUCCUAGUUCUCACUACUGCUAAGCAAAGAUCAGAGGACAUCCCUUUACAGGUCAUGUCAGAACAACCUUUUGCGAACUAUGACCGACUAAUUAAAUGACUAACAAGAAGUUGUUAUUAGCCAAUCAGAAAGCUGCUUUCUCGAGCAGUAUGACACAGUUCAAACUGACGACUUGCAUUCCAGAUUGUGCUUUUAUCAAGAUUUUGACAUCGUUUUCGGUUCAAAAUUGAAAACUAAACAAAAGAACGUUCUGGAAUGUCUAAUAGAUGGCCGAGAUUGUAUGGCAAUACUUCCCACGAGCUAUGGAAAGUAUCUGCCAUUCAAAUGUUUAUUGGGGGCAAGGGGGGCCCAGUCGUCUAAGGCGACACAAUUUGCUGUGCAGAGAUGCAUCCCUAUGAUUGUGGGUUCACCCCAAUUAUGUUUCUAGGUUUGUCAGCACCAU